AUGAGUUUGCCGGUGAAGCAUGUGAUGGUGUCGAGCACCACCAUUGCUGGAUCCACCGGCGGCGAGGUGCCGGCGACCGCGAGUGCGCCGUCUGCAAUCGCAGGCACGGGGUUUGUGCAGGGGUUGGUGACAUACGCCGUCAUGGAUGACCUCAAGGUCGCGCCCAUGUCCACCAUCGCGCUGGUCAAAUCCGGUGUCACUCACAUCAAGUCGCUCCAGGAGAAGACCGUGCAGAUCGGCUACACUGAGGGUUUGGCUAUGCUGAAGGCGUCGCUGCAGUCGAAGACGGUGCUUACAGAUGUUUUCCUUGGCAAGAAGCGGAAGAAAUGGCCAUUUGUCCAAAAGGCAAGUAGCGAUCUGAUGAGCAUGACACUCCUGAUCGACACCAAGGCGCAGCGCGUGCUGUACGCCGAGGCACGCAAGGACGUCGUCGACUUCCUCCUCUCCCUCCUCGCGCUGCCGAUCGCCUCGGGCAUCAAGCUGCUCGGGAAGGGCUCCAUGGUCGGCUGCGUCGGCAACCUCUACGCCAGUUUCGAGAAGCUCGACGACGCCUUCGUCCAGGCCGACACCGCCAAGGACUCGCUGCUCAGCCCCGUCGUGCUCUCGCCGGCGGCCAGCUCCAACACCUCCGUCCUCCGCUUGCCGGCGCCGUCUUCUGCGCAGUCAAGCAAGAGCUUCUUCAGAUGCAGCUACAGCAGCAACGCCUGCAGAAGCUUCGUGACGAACGCGAGCGGCACGAAGUGUCCUAACUGCGGCAACCAGAUGGCAACGGCAUGCACCUAUGUUGCCGGCGGCCAAGAUCAGAACACGCAGAACGCCGCCGCCGAAGGGGCGAAAGGAGGAGGGUUCGUGCAGGGCAUCGUGACGUACACGGUGAUGGACGAUCUCACCGUGGCGCCCAUGUCGUCCAUCUCCAGCAUCACGCUGCUCAACAGGUUCGCGGUCAAGGACUUGGGCGCGCUCAAGGAGAAGACCGUGCAGCUCGGCUACACUGAGGGUCUGGCGAUUCUUAAGGCUUCCCUGCAAUCCAAGACUGUCCUGACUGACGUUUUCAUUGGCCUGAAGCCUGCUUCCUAG